AUGGCAGCAGAUUUUCAGCAAAUCACCAAGACUCGUCUCCCUAAUGUGGCUGGGGCGAUCGACUGUACACAUUUUGAGAUUAUUCGACCAGUUGGUCCGGAUGGGAGUGUUCAUGACAUGAGGGUUUUUCGGAACUCCAGGCUAUGCCACAAGAUCCAAGCGAGGGAAUUACUCACAGUUCCUCGAGAGUUUGCUUUUGACGAGUGGAUUGAGCCAUACCUGGUGGGAGACAAAGGCUACCAGCUGCAGCAGCACUUGAUGAUCCCUCACUUGGGUUCCCGGUUGACGGUGACUAAGGCGGAGUACAACCAGCAACACCAUCUGGCCCGGAUUGUUAUUAAACAAGCAUUUGGACUCCUGAAAAUGAAAUUCAAAUGCUUGGAUCAAAAACAAAGGAUCAAGCCGAAGUACCUGCCGAACAUCAUCAAAAGUUGUUGCAUCUUGCACAACUUCUUGAUUGAUGUUGGUGAGACAAACAUCAAUGCUGAGAUCAAAGCAUGGGAGAAACACAUUCAAGCCUUGAAAGAAGUAGAGAUUUUUGAAGAUUACGGGGAUCCUAUUGUGGCUGAGGGAGAACCACAGGAAAACUUGCAUGGGCCGGAGGAUGCAUAG